AUGUCUUCUCACAAGACUUCCAGAAUCAAAGGAUUCCUGGCCAACAAACAAAAGCAAAAUCGUCCUGUUCCUCAAUGGAUUUGGAUGAAAACAAAUGGUAACAAAAUCAGGUACAAUUCCAAAGGAAGACACCGGAGGAGAACGAAGAUGGGUCUGCCAGGAUUCACACAAUGGCGAGACUAA